AUGGUUGUUGUAAUGGCCAUGGCUAACAAUGGAUCACUUUCUCCUGCCCCUCCUGCGGCUUUCCAAGAGCCCCCACCCGAUUACAUUGAAAAUGGACGCCUAUAUCAUGGACUACAUAAAGGAAAAUACAUGUUUCCUUGCGACGAGGAUGAGAAAGAUCGGAUGGAUAUAUUUCACAAAUUUUUCGAAGUCGCAAUGGGAGGUGUAUUGCACUCAAGGAAUACCACGUUCACGAAUAAUUAUGAUGGGCCACGAAUUUUGGAUCUAGGGACAGGUACCGGAAUAUGGGCGAUUGAUAUGGCCGACAAAUAUGGUUCAGAUAUGGGUACAGGUGAAGUUCUCGGGCUUGACCUAGCUAGAAUACAACCUCCAACUAUUCCCGAAAAUUUACAGUUUUUACAAAGAGACAUAGAAUCGCCCUGGUGGGGACUCGAAGUUGAGUCGUGGGAUAUGGUCCAUAUACGGAUGCUUUCUGGGAGCAUCAAUAGCUGGCCUGCAUUAUACCAAAAGGUCCGCAGGUAUCUCAAGCCUCAGGUGGGCCGUUUCGAGCAGGUUGAAAUAGAUUUUACUCCUCGCUCAGAUUUCGGGGACAUUCCAGCCGACUCGGCGCUGGCUACAUGGGCGCGGAACCUUUUCGAAGCUACUCGGCGCAAUUUUCGACCUCUAGCUUAUAAUACCGAGAUUCGAGCAAUGCUUCAAAAAGAAGAGUUUCUCGAUAUUCAAGAAGAAGUGAUACGAAUUCCCCUUAAUCCAUGGCCCGAUGAUUCACAAGAAAAAGAUGUUGCAAGAUGGUACAAUCUGGCCCUCACCCAGGGACUAGAAGCAAUGACGCUUGGGCCCAUGCACAGAAUUUACGGGUGGACGAAAGAUGAUGUCACAAGGCUGAUUACAGAAGUGAGGAGAGAUAUUUGCAAUAGGAAAAUUCGCGCUUACAAUAAUUUGCAUGUAUGGACUGCACGCGCACCGGUCAAACCCCCUUCAUAG